UAUCAACUUAAGAAGGGAAAACAUUGUUAAAUCAAUCAAAUUUAUCCCUUAUGGCAAUGAAUUUUCUUUGGUUUUUAUCUUUUAAGUGAUAAUUCAGUAGUUCUGUUCCCAGUUCAUGCACCAUGUUUAUUGUAGAGGGGCAAAGUAACUUAAAGUUUUUGAAUGCCGUCAGGAUGCGUAUUAUGCAAUUUCGUCGUGGUCGCCUUCUGAAGGUGACAUUAGGAGUAGCUGGAGUGAUAGUAAUUUUAUUCUUCUUAGCAUCAAAUUCCCCUAAUGCGCCUUCAUCUCUCAGAUCAGCUGGUGCUUUUAUGAGUAAAUCCAAACAGGAAGUAGCAUUUUUACCUGACAAGCCUGGCAACUUUGAGCCAACAAAUCCUCCUGCAAGAAAUGGCCCUGGUGAAGGAGGCAAAGCAUAUCAUUUACCACCAAAUAAACAGAAUGAAGGUUCCCAGUCUGUCAGUGAAUAUGGUAUUAACAUGGUGGUUUCAGAUGAAAUCCCUAUGGAUCGUGUCAUACCAGACACAAGGCAUCCAGAGUGCAAGCAUUGGGAAUAUCCUGAAGAUCUUCCAACUACAACAGUAGUUAUAGUGUUUCAUAAUGAAGGAUUUUCAACUUUGAUGAGAACUGUUCAUACUGUUGUUGACAGAUCACCCCCACAAUUUUUAAAAGAAGUUCUUCUUGUAGAUGACUACAGUGAUAAAGCUGCAUUAAAGGAACCAUUAGAAGAUUACAUAACUAGAUGGAAUGGCAAAGUGCGAUUGAUAAGAAAUAAGGAGAGGCAAGGGCUUAUUCGUACACGUACAACAGGAGCUGAAGAGGCUAGAGGAGAGGUUGUGCUGUUUUUGGACGCCCACUGUGAGGUCAAUAGGAAUUGGCUUCCACCUCUUUUAGCACCUAUUUAUAGGGAUAAGAGUACUAUGACUGUACCUGUAAUUGAUGGUAUUGAUCAUGACACUUUUGAAUACCGUCCUGUGUAUGGUGCCGGCAGCAACUUCCGAGGUAUAUUUGAGUGGGGAAUGCUCUACAAGGAAACAGAAUUACCACAAGAAAUAGAACGUCAGAGACAACACAAAAGUGAACCAUACAAGUAA